CAAUAAUUGAUUAAAAAAAGAAAGAAAAAAUUUUAAAAAAAAAUUUGUUACCAGACAAAACGAAACGUGAAAAUGAUGAUGCUUUUCAACAGGAAGCCAAGAGGAGCCUCCCCUUCAUCUUCUCCAGUCAUGGCUUCUUUCUCGGCUCUCUUCCAACCCCAACUCCACCCCUUCCCUAACCCUAAUCUCAUCCACAGGUACACCAUUCCUCUGCGCACCCAAACCUUAAGCACCUCCUCCGUCCCUCACUCAACCCCCAACUCCGAGACCAACCAAACUUCCUCCCCCUCCUCGGCCCCGCCUCCUCAAUCUCCAGAACCUCCUUCUCCUAAGAAGUCCUUCGCUGUGGCCACGGGCGAGCUCUUCUUGGGUUUGGCGUCUAGGAUUAUCAAGCGGCCCAAUGGAGGCCCAGACGGCAAGGCGGCCUCGUCGGUCGCCAUGUUUGAGAGCUCUGGGAAGAAUUACUUGGACGAGAGAAUUGGCAAGGUGAUGGAGGAUGAGAUUGAGCCAGAUGUUGUUUGGGAGCAGCGCGUUAAGGAUGUGGAGGCUGAGAAAGAACGGCGUGUGGUUACUAGUCCCGGCUUUAGUUUUUCUGCUGCGGGGCUUCUUUUCCCUUAUCAUCUAGGCGCUGCUCAGUUCCUUAUUCAAAAUGGUUAUAUCAAGGAAACCACACCAUUAGCCGGUUCCUCUGCAGGUGCCAUUGUCUGUGCUGUGAUUGCCUCUGGAGCCAGCAUGGAAGAGGCCUUACAAGCUACCAAAAUACUGGCUGAAGAUUGCCGGAACAGAGGGACUGCAUUUCGACUUGGGGCUGUUCUCCGAGAUGUUCUUCAAAAGUUUUUGCCUGAUGAUGCUCAUAUUAGGUCUAAUGGGAGGGUUCGAGUUGCAGUAACACAGCUUCUAUGGAGACCGAGGGGUUUAUUGGUGGAUCAGUUUGACUCUAAGGAGGAUCUCAUUGAUGCAGUUUUUACUUCUUCCUUUAUUCCAGGAUAUCUUGCACCAAGACCAGCAACGAUGUUCCGGAAUCGGCUUUGCAUUGAUGGGGGCUUGACAUUAUUUAUGCCACCAACAUCUGCAGCACAGACGGUACGUGUUUGUGCUUUCCCUGCCAGUCGAUUAGGAUUGCAAGGAAUUGGGAUCAGUCCAGACUGUAAUCCUGAUGAUAGGGCCACCCCUCGACAGCUUUUCAAUUGGGCACUUGAGCCAGGAGAAGAUGAUGUUCUUGAUCGGCUCUUUGAGCUUGGAUAUCAAGAUGCAGCUGUAUGGGCUAAGGACAACCCGGUUGGUGAAAUAGUUGAAGACGACACUUACUUGGUUGGUAGUGGCAUAGAUCAGUAGGCUGUCAUUAGAGUCUCUCUUUGACCUUGAAGAUGCAUAAGGUUCUUGGUUACUGUCAAUUACUGAGAAUCCUGUUAUGUCAUUUUCACAUACAAGUCAGACAAACUAGCUUUCCUAUAGCAUAUACAGCCCUUGAUUAUAAAAGGGUGGAACCACAUUCUCUUGCAAUUGUAUAGCAAGCUGUAAAAUUUGUUGUAAGACCGUAUGUGGAAGAGGGAAAAGAAAAAAAAUAUAUAAGGUCAUUGAAAAUGCAUUUACCAAUAAUGAUCAAUUCAGAUUAGGUCCAGUUUUAGAAACCUUCUAUCUCCAGACUUAUUCCUUUUGGUUUUAGUUUCAAUUUCAUUAGGCGGUACUUGGUACUUUUUAAAAUUCUGUGGCUGGUAUUGGAUUUCUUGUUGGUGUCGUAGAUUUGGGUGUUGUUUAUGAUUGUAAUCUUUUCAAUAGAGAUGAAUAUAAUCUUCGAGGUUAGGUAUAUAACUCACAAGAAA